AUCAAUAGGCCCCCGCUGUCAUCAUUAUUCUGUUAUUUAUCUCUGUACGUCUCCAGCACUAUGGUUAUUGCCAACGACCAGUUUUGAGCUCAUCCAAUACUGUGUUGUAAAAUCUCCAUCCACAUCAUUCGGCAUGCAAUUCGAUAGUUUACCUCUCCCUCCUAGCAGUAGCCAUGACACCGCCUCGGUACCGCCUUUGAAACGGCAUGCGGCUUGUGACGAGUGCAGGAAACGGAAGUUGAAAUGCUCUGGUGAAGCUACGGGCUGUAGUCGUUGCCUUAAGCAGUCACUUCCUUGCCACUAUUCAUUACAGAAGCCGAUGGGACGCCCACCGAAAAAGCGACCCCGUGAGGACAAUGAUGCAUCCGUAUAUGAAAUCACAGACAAUGGGAUGUGGACUGAUAUAGAUGAUGGUGGGAUUUUGACUGAGGAAGCCGGGGCCGAAGCUGUAGCGGCAUCAGAUGCCCUGCGACUUUAUUCUCCAGUGUACACCGCACCAAUGCGAAUGCCACAGGCCUUUCCUAACCUAUUAUCUACUGACGAUAGUCACAAUCACCUAUGGCAGUUGGAAGCCGGUAGAUCGCUCGACCCUAUCCCUGCGACUACCGGUCCUUGGCCUGAUUUCUCCAGCGUAACGGCCGCAAUGUCUUCUCCGUUCACAUUCCCGUCGAGCUUGACGCUCAUUGAUUCUCCUAGCGUAUCAUCCCCCAGCUCGGACGGUGGUAACAGUUCUCAGUGUACCUGCUUAUCAUACUUGUAUCUAUGUCUCAGUCAUCUUUCUUCCCUUGCUCCCUUUCCAAUAUCUCAACACACGUUGUGUUCGUUAUUUAUUGCCGCCAAAACAGCGCGGGCUGUCAUUCGUUGUGAGGUCUGUCCCACAAGCUUUGCUCUGGGGAUGCAGAAUGUCAUGUUUACUGGAACCCUCUUGAACGUCGUUGCGGAUGCCUGGCUGCGAGUGUCGCAAGCUGACGCUGAAGAACUCGGCAAGUUAGCAGCCCCGCCAGCUUAUGUGGCUUCAGUGACGCAGAACUCCCCAAACCCCGCAGAGGCUUGGAAGGACUGGCUUCGACAAAUUGUCAGAAGCGCUAUUACAGGCGGCCCGGUAGAUCCUGCCGGGCAGGUCAAGUGCUCGGAUUCGCCAACAUUGCUUUCUCUCAUUGAGGAAAUGGAGGCCCGCCAGCAUAGAUGGCAUCGAUCUCGAACCGUGGAAUCCCCAAACGAACCCAGAUCUUGUUCACCUGUCUCCCAUGAGGACCAUCGGGAAGAGGAUAUGCUUUGUUUUCGUGUAAUCCGAAGCGCCAGAGAUGUUAUAGCCAAGUUUGAAUUCGCACCGCACGAGUACCCGGAGGGUGCGGUUCCGGUAUGAGCGAUCUAUUUGUUCACCCACGUGAUUGGUGUCAUUGGAUUAAGCAAUAAUUUAUGCUGGGGGGUUAAGGCUUGCGGGGGAUUUGUCCUGGGCGCGACGACAUACUGUGCCAGAUACCACUUCUAUUUGCUGCCUUAUGGGCCGAACCAAUCAAUACCAUUCUUGCCAAUGCCUGACUCGCGCUCCUGGGAUUGGC